GUACGACUUCUAAAGACAGACCAAUAUGUGUAGCACUAACCCAGGUGCAAUGAUGCUGCCAUACGGCCUCAAGGUACCGGUAUCAAAUCCUUACCUUCCGGGCUCACAAAUGGCACUUGAGCUUCAGCGAGCCCAGCAGUUCUAUGACUACAGUACCAGGAUGCAUUAUGGAAUACGAGGCUAUCCCAGUGCUCUUGGAUUACCUUCUUAUCAGGCUCACCCUUCUGUCGAUCACUAUCUUCAACACUAUUUGUACAAAGAUCCCAGAAUUAGGUACUUACACGAAGAACCUAAGCCCAAUCAUAGUUACAUCGGGCUCAUUGCAAUGGCAAUCCUUAGCUCGCGAGACAAAAAAUUGGUGCUUUCUGAUAUUUAUCAGUGGAUAUUGGACAACUAUCCAUAUUUUCGUACCCGAGGUCCCGGAUGGAGAAAUAGCAUCCGUCACAACCUCUCUCUGAAUGAUUGCUUCAUAAAGUCGGGAAGGAGUGCCAACGGAAAAGGACACUACUGGGCCAUACAUCCGGCAAACGUGGACGACUUCCAGAAAGGCGAUUUUCGACGCAGACGUGCACAGCGCAGAGUUCGGCGACAUAUGGGACUGGCAGUACCCGAUGACGACGAAAGCCCCGUGUCCUCUCCGUCUGAAACCAACUGGCCAGAUGAGGAAGCCGAUCUGCACAUAACGGACAAGUCUCUAACUGAAAAAUUUCCCCACGGAGACGACGAAUGCUUGGACAUUACAAACGAUACAGAAAAUUCUAUGCCGUCUUCGGAAGAAACUGGAAGCCCCUUGGACAGACAAUUGGAGCAGGAAACUUUGAAUGUAAAAGUGAUCGAAAGUGAGAGGCUUUCUCCAAAGAAGAAGAGAAAUUUUGAUAUGGACAGUUUAUUGGCCCCAGAUGAGGAAAUAAAGCGACAGAAGAUGACAGAGGAACAGCCUACUUGUCAAAAUCAGAAAGAUAAGGAAGAAGAGGACGAGUUACCGUUAGAUGUCCGUACAGAAUCAAAGGACACCCAGAAAGAACAAUACACUACAGUAAAGGGUAGUGAAAAAGAAAAUGUCCUCGAUUUAUCCUCUCAUAAAGAGGAAUCGCUUGAACGAAUUUCAACACAAUCAAAUUCAGAAAAGGGCGCUUUUUUACAUGAAAAUAGUGGACUUCUCUUCAGCUCGAGUUUACGAGGACUAACUUCUUAUAAUCCACAAAGUAGCAGUGUUUUCCAGGGAUCCACGGAUUCACCGAGUUCUCUUCAGCCGUAUUUUCCCGCGUUUCCUGUCAUGGGACUUAAAAAUGGGCUCCAGCAUUCGCUCUUUCUUUCGAAAACAAUUUCUCAUAUUCAACAAAAUCACAUGAGUACCCAGUUUCCAUAUCGUCUGCCGUCGGACAGGAGUAGCCGACUCCCCGAUGUAGCUCUAAACAGACAAAUGACAAACUGAACUGAAUUCUUGUGUGUGAAUUAACAACAAAGCACUUAUGUUACAUUACAGGUUUGAAUAAGGUAUUGUAAAUGUUAAUGUCUUAUUUCACACUUUGUUCAUGUCGUAAUGAAAUUGUUACUUCUUGUUGCAACAUUAAAUGAAGGGAAAC